AUGUCUCGAGCUUUAGUUCUGCUUCUCCUUGCAACCGUCAUCUAUAUUAAUGCUACCCCAGUCAUGCUCGCAGAAAAGUUUGUGCCCGUCGCUGCCGAUUUCGAUGCUCCUUCUCCACGCCUAAAGCGACAGUUUGGUUGGGGAAUCCCAUUCAGCGGUAAUGCCUUCGGUAAUUCAUGGGGAUACAGUCAGAGCUCCAGUUUUAAUAUGUAUCAGACCGGCUUCAACACCGGAUUUUGGGGAUAA